UUUGGACUAUAUUGAAACUGAAAAACAAAGAUACAGAAAAAGUAAAUUUGGAGUUGAUGCAAUUGAGUGUGUUGAGAAUUUUCACAACAAUGUAAGAUUGGGUCCUGUGUUUGUAUGCACAUGUUGCCAACAGACAUGGUUUCAUGAAAGUGUUUCAAAUGUAGAUAAUAUUUUGUUGGAUGCUGAAAUCAAAAGGAAGUAUUUUACUAAUACAAAGUCUGUAAACGAGCAGGAAUGGAUAUGCAACACAUGCAAUUCAAGUUUAAAAGAAAGUCGAACUCCAAAACUCUCUAUUGCAAAUGGAAUGAUAUGGAAUCAAAAACCAAGUGAAUUGAAUCUGUUACCAUUGGAAGAAAGACUUGUAUCCUUAAGAAUUCCCUUCAUGCAGAUAAGAGAAUUACCAAGAGGAGGACAAUAUUCUGUAAAAGGAAAUGUUGUAAAUGUGCCAGUUGACAUUCAACCAACAAUCAAUAGUCUUCCCAGGAGACUUGAUGAAAAUAUUACAAUACCUGUGAAGUUAAAAAGAAAACUAUCUUUUCAGCACUCUUAUUGUCAUGAAAAUAUCCGACCUACAAAGGUUCUGAUUGCUUUACAUUGGUUAAUGAAAAACAGUGAAUAUUAUAAGAAUUCAAACAUAAACAUAGAUGACAACUGGUUCCAUGAGGUCACCAAUUCUGCAAGCGAAUUAAUGAGACAGUUUAUAGAGGGUCACACCAAUGAAGAUUCAGCAAUGCAUGACCAAUCAGAUGGAUCAGACUCUGAUGAAUUCUGUGAAGUUGAUAGUGGUAAGGAUGGAAAUCGUGAUACUCUAUUAGACAGUGACUCGUUUGACAUGAAUCAGAUCUUCACGUUUGCUCCAGGAGAAGGACAGCGUCCAAUCAGUUUGUAUCAAGAUCAAAUGGCCGAGUAUUUGUCAUUUCCAACAAUAUUUUGUGGUGAAGGAAGAGUAGAAAACGAUCAGCGUCAAGUACCUGUUUCAUAUGCUGAUAUUGCCAAGUGGGAAUUACGAAGUGCUGAUAGACGUGCUGCACAGUCGGUACCAAAUUUGUUUUUCAAAUUGAAAAAGAUUCAACUAAAACAGGUAACAGACAAAUGCAAUUUAGCCCUUAGGAAGUGCAAAACAAAGGGGAAAACCUUUACUGCAAAUGAAAUAAGAAAUCCUGAUCAAAUCAGUGACAUUGUUAGACACAAUGAGGGAUUUUAUGUUUUCAAACAAUUGAGAAAUUCUCCUCCUUAUCUUGAAACAAGAAAGAAAGAUGUUUUUGCAAUGAUACGACAGCUUGGUCUACCAACUUGGUUUAUGUCCUUUUCUGCUGCAGAUACACGUUGGAAUGAUCUGAUCAGAGCACUAGGAGUUUUAAACGAUGGCAAACAGUACACAGAUUCUGAAAUUCAGAGCAUGACAUGGACUGAAAAGUCAAAGUUGGUUCAGAAAGACCCAAUUACAUGUACAAGAUAUUUUGAUCAUCGUUUUCGGACUUUUUUAAAUACUGUACUUAAGAGUGAUCAUCAUCCUAUUGGCAAGGUACAGGACUUUUUCUAUAGAGUUGAAUUUCAGCAAAGGGGAUCACCACAUGUUCACAUGAUUGUUUGGAUUGAAAAUGCUCCAAAAUACUUAGAAAAUGAUAACAAGGAAAUUGUUGCAUUUGUUGACAGCUACUUGAAGUGUGAAAGGAAUACAGAAGACAAUUUGAUAGAAUUGCAAGUUCAUAAACACUCACAAACAUGCAAAAAAAAAGGAAAGGCUGUUUGCAGAUUUGGAUUUCCACUUCCACCACUCCAAGCUACUAUGAUAUUGGAACCUUUGGACAGUGACAUUGAGAAAUACAAGAAAAUGUAUAAGACUAUGCAAGACAAAGUGAAUGACUUUAAAAAUGGAUGUGACAUCAGCUGCACUUUCCAAGACUUUUUGCAAAAUGUACUACAACUAUCUGAAGAUGAUUAUAUAAAAUGCAUCAGAAGUUCUUUGAGAACACCCAAGGUAUUUUUAAAACGUAAACCCUGUGACUUGAGAGUGAAUGCUUACAACAGUACUCUUCUUCAUGCAUGGGCAGCAAACAUCGAUAUUCAGUAUGUUUUGGAUCCAUAUGCUUGUGCAAUGUACAUUGUCUCAUACAUAAGUAAAUCCCAAAGGGGCAUGAGUGAUCUGUUGAGUAGAGCUGCAAAAGAAGCAAGAGAUGGCAAUCUUGACAUUAAGAGACAAGUUAGACAUAUUGGAAAUCAAUUUCUUAACAGUGUUGAAGUUGGAGCACAAGAAGCAGCAUAUCUAGUUUUGCAAAUGCCCCUUACAAAAGCAUCAAGAGAUGUAAUGUUUAUAAACACAUCUCCAGUUGAUGACCGUGUAAUACUUGUCAAACCUGAUUCAGAACUCGAAAAGUUGAAUGCUAAUUCCACAGACAUAGAAUGCAGUAACAUAGUCAAAAGAUAUGCAAAACGUCCAAAACAACUGGAAAACUGGUGUUUAGCUGACUAUGUGUCACAGUUAGAUGUAGUUUUCCCAAAGGAAAGUAUAACUGACCUGUCUGAAAUGGAAACAAAUGAUGAUGAGAGACACCAGUCAGAAAAUGAAGAUAGUGGAUCUGAUACUGAGGGUGAAUUUAAAGACGACAGCACAUUAGUUGUGUUGAGAAAUGGAAUUAAAAUUAAGCGCAGAAAAACACCAAGAGUUAUACGAUAUGUGCGCUAUAGCUUAAAGACAAACCCAGAAAAUUACUAUAGAGAAAAAUUAAUGCUGUUCACUCCAUGGCGAAAUGAAACUUCUGAUCUUCUGUGUGGACAUCAGAGCUUUGAGCAAUCAUUUAACCAGAAAAAAUUUUUCUUAGCUAAGAAAAUCAAACAGUAUGAACAUAAUGCUGAUAUGCUUGAGCAGGCAGAACAGAUGGCGCAGGAUGAUUUGACAGAAGCAUAUGAUGAAUUAGCUCCUGGUGCUCAACAAACUGAUGCAGAUGAUGAAUAUGAAGGAACUGUUAACUCUGAAACAUUUGUUCACUUUAAUCCAGAAAGGCCAAUUGAACAGAGAGAGUAUGACAUAGGAAGUGAUGUUGGAAUUCCAUCAACAAGACAACUGAAUGAGCAGAGUUCUGUUAGAUUACCUGAUGAUCAGUAUUUAAAGCUUGUAGCCAGUUUAAAUUUGAAGCAACGGGAAUUCUUCAAUCAUGUUAUGCAAUGGAUCAAGUCUAAACAGGAACCUAUUCAUGCAUAUCUGUCAGGAGGUGCAGGAGUUGGAAAGUCAGUGUUAAUCAGAGCACUUUAUCAAGCUUUACAUCGGUAUUUAUGUGCUAAGGAGGGUGAGAAUCCAGAUGAUAUACGAAUUCUUCUUUGUGCAUACACUGGUAAAGCUGCAUUUAACAUUGGUGGUCAAACAAUUGCUUCUGCAUUUCACCAGAAAAUUAACCAAAGGCAGCAAAACAUGCAUUGUGAUGAACUCAACACAUUUAGAACUAAGUAUAGAAAUUUGUCAGUAGUCAUCAUAGAUGAAAUUUCAAUGGUUGGCAACGCAAAGUUGGAAUUUAUAAAUAACAGACUUCAGCUUCUUACUGGUUUGAAGAGGCCGUUUGGAGACAUUAGUAUUAUUGCUGUCGGAGAUUUCUUUCAACUUAAACCAAUCAUGGAUGGCUGGAUUUUUCAAGAUUUAAAACAAAAUGCCCAAGCACUUGCAUGUAAUCUUUGGAAACAAAACUUCACCUUAUUUGAAUUAGAUGAAGUAAUGCGACAAAAAGAUGAUUUAGAAUUUGCACAGCUUUUGAACCGUCUUCGUCACAAUGAGAUGACUUCUGCGGACUUGGAUAUAAUUCACAGGCGCAUCAUUGCUGAAAAUAGUCAAAAUUAUCCACACAAUGCUCCCCAUCUUUUCACAAUGAAUGCAAAAGUAGAUGAAUAUAACAAUAAACUUAUAGAGCAACUUCCUGGUGAAAAAGUUAUUGUUAUAGCUGUUGACAGUGUCCUCCAAGACCACAGUAAGUCUGUGAAAGACCGACUACUCAGAUCAUUGCAAUAUCAAGAUGAUGUAAGCAAAACUGCAAAUCUCAUGACAAGACUAACUCUAGCCAUUGGAAUGAUAUAUGACAUUACGGUUAAUAUUGAUGUUACUGAUGGCUUGACAAAUGGUUCAUCAUGUACUGUAUUUCUUGUUGAAAACAGAUUACCUGGUGUAUCAAGGCCAAGUAUUGUGUGGGUGAAGUUUUUAGAUUCUGCAGUAGGAAGAAUUGCUCGACAGAAAUACAGACAUCUUUUCCAUGAUGAUGUAAUGGAUGAUUGGACACCAAUAUUUGACUGUCAGCGAUCUUUUGUUUUCAAUUCAACUACAUAUCAAAGAAUACAGUUUCCUUUAAGACCAGCUGCUGAAACAAGAUUAACCAUCAAUGAUGAACAGAAUUUUAUGAUGGAAGGUUACUUGACUCUGUUUAAUCAUGAAAAGAGAAGUGACAGCUAUCGUCCUCAUCAUGGAACAGCAUUAUACGUUAAAGAAGACCAUUUGAUGACAUGUAUCUCAAAAUUCAGCAACACUUUGCUUGAAUUCAUCAUAGCUUUAAUACAUUUCAGAGACCUUGGAGAAGUGCAGAUAAUUGUUUUAUACAAGUUCCCUGCAUGUUCUUUUAAAGAAUUUGAACGUGAAGUUAUGUUGCAUUUAAAACCUUUUGUAGACACAAAGAAGAAAUUGAUAAUUCUUGGAGAUUUCAAUUUUGAUUUGUUUACAGGUCACAGAGAAUUUCUGAACUUUAUGAACUUGAAUUUAAAAUGCACACAAUUGGUAAAAAAGGUAACUCACGAGUCGGGUUCACAACUUGAUUUGAUUUUCACAAACUUUCCUCAUUGUGAAACUGAUGUGAUUGAGGCAUAUUGGUCAGACCAUAAAAUGAUUUACUGUACAUAUACUUUAUGAAUCUGAUAUAAGGGACGCACAAGUAUUUAUUUGGGAGAGAUACGUCAUCUUGUCCCCUCUCCCACCUACCAAUGUGCCAGUGUCACUUAGUGACAUUUGGUACAUUGAUUACUGUAUACAGGGUUAUAUUCGCCCUAGCUGUGUUAAUUAUUUUCAUCCUUUCACAUAAUUUUGCAACAUUUAAAAUUCUCCCCAGUUGCAGUUUUAUUGAAGAAAUCAUACCAUGUUCUUUUAAUUUACCCCAUUUUAUAUUUGUCUACCUCUAAGAUGGAUGACGCGGGAAAAUAAAAUGGGGCGAAUAUUUCCCUGUAUACAGUAUCUGAUAGGCACCAAUUACUUGAUGUAAAAUCUUGUUUCUUAUUAGGCAUAUGUAUACUUAAAGGUGAGACGACACGUUCCUCAGUGUUAGAUAACUUUUUCCGUCAAUUUGUUAAUGGUUUACUACUACUUUGACAAGCUUUCUUGCAAAAAAUUAGGGUACCUUACCAGGCAUUUCUGCAAAUUACUAGAGUAUGCAAUUUCCUAUAUAAUCUCCUUGAAAAUACACUUGAAUUGCUGAUAUAAAAAUAAAUACAUGUACACCACAGCAAAUUUCACUAUAUAAGAAUUAUAUCUCCACCACAACGAGGUUUUGAACUCGCAACCUCUAGAACCUAUACACUUCUGCUAGUGUGCGGCCACGGUUCUAACAACUUGACCAUCUAGACACGUAAACAAAUCCAAGUAAAUUUUGAACAUUUUUAAAGUAAUUAUAAAAUUAAUAUUUUUUAUUGGAACGUACUCUUUAUUACGAAGAGAUAGAAAAAAGAUUCUCGAGGUACGUGUUGUCUGACCUUAAACUUUUUUUAUGUGCAUGCAUGGAAUAGCUUAAAAAAUUGCAAGCAACUCAUUAAUGAUCACAAAACAAUUGUACUAAACAAGAAACCUUCAUUAUGACUUUUUAUUAAUUUUCAACAGACAAUUAAUAAAUGUACAAAAUAAUUGAAUAUUGUAUGUUACGGAAAAUUCAUGUGCCAUCAAUGACAAUUAUUCAUGUCCAAAAAAUGAUGAUCAUUGUAUUAUAUGUUAGUUAAAAUUUAUAAAUUAUGAGUAUACUGUAUUGAUGUUUGUGAGUUAGUUUUACCCUUGCUAUUUAUAUUCUUUUCUUUCAUGAUACAUGAAUAUCAUGAACUUGGUAUUUUGAAUAUACAUGAAAUUUUUUGAGAUUACAUUAAUUGUUUACAAAGUUUAAUUUCAAGAAAUUAAUGACUUCUGGUAAAUAAUGAUUAGAGUUAUACUAGAAAUAUACACUUGCAUCAAGUAAUUGGUAUCUUUGAUAUAUGUUCAACACUGUAUUCUAUAGUUUUAUGAAGUAAAUUCACCGAAUAUUACCUUUAUGAAAUAAUUGCUGUAUAGAAAAAUUGUAAAUUUAUUAAUGUUACUGUGUCUUGUGACAUUUAGUCCCUCAAGAACAAUACUGGAGUACAUGAGAGUAUAAACUUUUACAGUGUAUAUGAAUUCAUAUUUUUUCCAGAGCAAAUAUAAUAACAAUUUCAGUGUCAAUAUUCUUAUCAUACAUGAAAUUCAAGUCUUUAUGUAAUUACUUUGUAAUCAACCUAAUGCAGUAUUGUAGAUAUUACAAUUGCUUAGGCUUUAAACAGGCUGUGUGGUCAACAAAUUAACCUAUAGAUGCACCUGAAAAUGAAAUACAUGUACUUGCAAAAGUUCACACACUA